UCCAACUCAAAUAGUUACGCCAAAAGGGCGCAAUGUUGGUGAAUCACACCAAAACCUUGGAUCGAUCACUCUCUCUACACAUAGUCUAUACAAUACAACUUUCCCUCAUAACAAUGCAAUUUCCAAGCAGUGAAAUGAGACCUCAAAUGGUGAUAUUUGGGGACUCCAUCACUGAACAAUCAUUCAGAUCAGGUGGUUGGGGUGCUUCUCUCGCUGACAAUUACUCUCGCAAGGUUCCCCCAUUUUGCUUUUACAAUUCAAUUUCUUGCAUUCUAGGAAGACUGGACUACCAUCUGGGGUUUGUUUUGCAGGGCUCUGCAACACCUCCUGUUGCUACCACAAUCUUUUUUGGAGCUAAUGAUGCAGCUCUUUUUGGGAGGACCAGUGAACGGCAACAUGUACCUACUGAAGAGUACAAGGAGAACCUCAGAAAAAUUGUUCAUCAUUUGAAGGAAUGCUCUCCCGCUAUGCUAGUAGUGCUUAUUACUCCACCACCCAUUGAUGAAGAAGGACGUUUUACAUACUCACGAUCUUUAUAUGGCGAGAGAGCAAUGGAACUUCCAGAAAGGACAAAUGAAAUGACAGGAGUUUAUGCCAAGCAGUGUGUUGAAUUGGCCAAGGAACUAGGUCUCCCUUCCAUCAAUCUAUGGUUGAAAAUGCAGGAAACAGAGGGUUGGCAAAAGAAGUUCCUCAGUGAUGGGUUGCACCUGACACCAGAAGGCAAUGCAGUUGUCCACCAAGAAGUCGUAAGAGUUUUUAAUGAGGCAGGGCUUUCUGCUCCAGAAAUGCCAUAUGAUUUCCCUCAUCACUCAGAAAUUGAUGGGAAGGCACCUGAGAAAGCUUUCCAGCAACAAUGCUUAUGAUGUUUUAGUUUUUAAUGGAAAGUUAACUUCAUUUUUUCUUUUGAGAAUGU